GAGAGAGUUUGUUGAAGUUGAAGCGGGAAGAAAUGGCAAUCCCCAUAUUGAGGGCUGCAAUGAUUUCUCAUUCUCGGUCUCGGCAACUCAUUCAUUCCAUAUCUUCUAUUGAUGAAACCGCAAAGAAGAGGAAGAGAGUGGUGCUCUCUUCUUCUUUUUCUUCAGAACUUAACCCUUUAAUUCGGUCCGAGGUAUCAUUUUCUGUUGGGACUUGCCUCAUUCCACAUCCAAAAAAGGUUGACAGAGGUGGGGAAGAUGCUUUCUUUGUCAGCAAUCAUAAUGGGGGAAUUAUUGCUGUUGCUGAUGGCGUCUCUGGUUGGGCUGAAGAGGACGUGGAUCCUUCACUGUUCCCACGUGAAUUGCUGGCUAAUGCUUCCAAUUUUGUAGGAGAUGAGGAGGUGAACAAUGAUCCUCAGAUUCUUAUAAGGAAAGCGCAUGCUGCUACUUCCUCUACAGGCUCAGCUACUGUUAUUGUUGCUAUGCUGGAGAAGAAUGGGAUUCUAAAGAUUGCCAAUGUUGGGGAUUGUGGCUUAAGAGUUGUCCGUAAUGGUCAUGUGAUUUUUUCCACUUCUCCACAAGAACAUUACUUUGACUGUCCAUUCCAACUGAGCUCUGAGAGGGUUGGCCAAACAUACCUUGAUGCAGUGGUAAGCAAUGUGGAGUUGAUAGAAGGAGACACAAUUGUUAUGGGAUCCGAUGGACUUUUUGAUAAUGUUUUUGACCAUGAAAUUGUUUCAACCGUUAUUAGACACAAAGAUGUUGCUGAGACUGCAAAGGCACUGGCUAACUUGGCAAGCAGUCAUGCAAUGGAUUCAAAUUUUGAUUCUCCCUAUUCGUUGGAGGCCAGGUCUAAGGGUUUUGAAGCCCCCUUAUGGAAGAAGAUUCUUGGAAUGAAGCUUACAGGUGGAAAGCUUGACGAUAUUACUGUAAUUGUUGGUCAGGUUGUAAGUUCAUAAGAUUUGUUAAUCUCAAUGUUGAUUAUACUUAAAGAAAACAAGGUCCUAAUUGCUGAGAUCACUAGAGCGGGAGUUGCCUUAAGUAUUCUGUGGCCACUAAAUUUUGGUGAUGCUCUGAGAAAUAAGGAUUUAUUCAUGGAAGCAUUCCUGCUUUGUCAUCAAAUCUGUUGUGCUUUAUGCAAUGAGAAAGAAGCUAUGUAAGAUAUUCAUAGAAAAAUUGUUUUUCGUGUAUGACAUGUUACUACCUAAGAAUUGUCUUUGAUAAGG